UUUUAGGGCUCGUCUUUCACAAGAGGCGUUGCUCUUCGGCUGUAGCACUUCUCAGCGAGCAAAAAGAAAUUUCCGCUUCCUGCAACGGUAAACAACUAGCGCAACUUGAGAAACAUUUCGCAGCUAGUUUGACGGUGAACGGCGGGUCCGACUGUCGCGAUCAGCAGAACCGAGCCUCGGUCCUCGUGGACGGAUGAUUGUGCUGCAGUAGAGGAUCGGCGCUCCGGCAAACAGCCGUUUUAUUCGGGUUUUCCUUUAUUGUUGUCAAACAUAAGGUUCCUCCAGCAUGUCGGAGCGGGGAGGGCUCCCGAGGACUGGAGGCGUACCGUCUCCGCAGCCCUCCAAACCGGUGGCGAUCACCUCCAAUCGGCCGGUGCACAUGAACCUGUACGCCACCUGGGAAGUGGACCGAUCGUCCCCGAGCUGCGUGCCGAGGCUCUUCAAUCUGACUCUGAAGAAGCUGGUGAUGCUGAAGGAGCUGGAUAAAGAUCUGACGUCUGUGGUCAUCGCUGUCAAACUGCAGGGCUCGAAGCGAAUCCUCCGUUCCAAUGAGAUCCUGUUGCCAUCGAGCGGCCAAACGGAAACAGACCUGCAGCUCACGUUCUCCUUACAGUAUCCGCACUUCCUGAAACGAGACGCCAACAAGCUUCAGAUCAUGCUGCAGAGGAGGAAGAGGUACAAGAACAGGACCAUCCUGGGCUACAAGACGCUGGCGCUCGGCCUCAUCAACAUGGCUGAGGUGAUGCAGCACCCGACGGAGGGCGCUCAGGUCCUGGGUUUGCACAGUCAGCUGAAGGAAGUGUCUGUCCCGGUGGCUGAGAUCCGGGUUUAUUCUCUGUCCAGUCAGCCCAUCGACCACGAGGGACCCAAAGUCAAGAUGAACGAUCGUUCUCCAGACAUUGAUAACUACUCGGAGGAAGAGGAGGAGAGUUACUCGUCUGAGCAGGAGGGCAGCGACGACCCCGUUCAUCAUUAUCUAGAUGAUGAAGAGGACGAGGUGAGGAAGAAGAAACCCAGACGCAAACUUACUUCCAACGCCUCCAUUACUAGACAACCGAACAUCAAGCAGAAGUUUGUGGCUCUGCUGAAGAGGUUUAAGGUGUCAGAUGAGGUGGGUUUCGGGCUGGAGCACGUGUCCCGUGAGCAGAUCCAGGAGGUGGAGGAGGAUCUGGACGAGCUCUAUGACAGUCUGGAGAUGUACAACCCCAGCGACAGCGGGCCGGAGAUGGAGGAAACCGACAGCAUCCUCAGCACUCCCAAACCCAAACUCAGGCCGUUUUUUGAGGGCAUGUCCCAGUCGAGCUCUCAGACAGAGAUCGGCAGCUUGAACAGUAAAGGCAGUCUGAGCAGAGACCCCUUCAGCCUUCAGGGCGAUCAGCCGGGGUCAGAUAAACUCAAACACUCGCGGAGCCGCACGCUGGACGAGCCGCUGUCUGAGACCGACACGCUGGAACUGAAUGAUCAGGAGUUGUUCAGUGACGUCGGACCCUCUAUUACAGUGUCUGUGGCUGAAAAACCACGAACACCCUUAAAAACCAACAAGAAUGAGCUAUCACCCAGGUUGGAUGGAGGACACACACCCCGUAAGCGCUGCACUCCAGUGAAAGACCGACAGCUCUCCAAACCUCUGAGUGAACGAGCCAACAGCUCCGACAGCGAGAGAUCGCCUGAGCUCGGACACAGCACACAGGUCCUCAGGAAGGCUGUGUUUGUGUUUUCUGAUGCUGCUCUUCCUGAAAGUCUCAUCUUGAUCAAUGGCACAGACUGGCAAGGACAGUAUGUUGCGGAGCAGCUUCAGCUUCAGAAGCAUCCUGUGGUUUGCACGUGUUCUGGCGCAGAGAUUCAGGCCGUUCUCUCGGCUCUGCUCACUCGGAUACAGAAAUUCUGUAACUGUAACUCGUCGAUGCCGCGGCCGGUGAAGGUGGCGGUGGUCGGCGGUCAGAGUUAUCUGGGAUCAGUGCUGCAGUUCUUCGUCACUCAGCUGGCCAACAAAACAUCUGAUUGGCUCAAUCACCUCCGCUUCCUGGUCGUGCCUCUGGGUUCUCAUCCUGUUGCUAAGCACCUGGGUGCCCUUGACAACCGUUACAGCGCAGCCUUCCUGGACGGAGCCUGGAGAGACACAUUCAACCGAUCAGAGCCGCCGCAGACAGAUGCGGUGGAUGUGGCGGCGCGCGUGGCUCAGUACAUCAGCGGAGCGGCUCUCACACACCAGCUGCCCAUCGCUGAGGCCAUGCUGACCUGCAAACACAGAACGAGAGAUGAAGAUUCCUAUCAGAAAUUCAUUCCCUUCAUUGGGGUGGUGAAAGUGGGUUUGAUUGAGCCUGGCCAAUCAUCAGCAGGCGACUCUGAAGAGGGCGUGGCUGUGAGUUUAGCCGUCCCCUCCACGUCUCCGCCCUCUCACGGCUCACCCGGCAGUCUGAAGGAGACGGCCACACCCCCCUCGUCUCCGUCCAUGGGUGGUGGUUUGGCUGUGCAGGGGAGUCCCAGCAUGCCUCACGGCGGGGACGCCAUCGGUCUGCAGGUGGAUUACUGGCUGGCGUCUCUGGCGGUGGAGCGUGGAGAGUGGGGGAGGAGAGACGCCAACUAUAAGAACACUCUGAAGAGCGCCUUCUGGUCGCUGCAGGUCAGCCGGCUGCCAGGAGGAGGAGCCAGCGAGCCGCAGGCGCCUCUCAACACUAUGGCCAUGACCGUGGUCACCAAAGAGAAGAACAAGAAAGUUCCUACUAUUUUCCUGGGUAAGAAACCUAAAGAGCGGGAGAUGGACUCCAAGAGUCAGGUGAUCGAGGGCAUCAGCCGGCUCAUCUGCUCUGCCAAACAGCAGCAGACCAUCCUGAAAGUCUCCAUCGACGGAUGCGAGUGGAACGACGUGAAGUUCUUCCAGCUAGCUGCUCAGUGGCCGACUCACGUCAAGUAUCUCCCGGUGGGAUUGUUCGGCUACAGCAAACCGCCCUCCUAGGAGGCCCACUUUCUUAACCCCGCCUCUUCAACCUGCAACCUACACCCCAUUGCACACCGCCGCCGCCACUCUCAGAACGCUGGCCAAUCACAGUUGAGAUGGGAUUCUCAUGUGACCGUCUCUGGUGGGUGGGUAGGUGGAGUUGAAGACGUUCGAUUCGGCGGCUUCGCUAGACUUUUAUCAGCGCUAGUCACUUUUAUUUAUUAAAGGCCCCAGAGCCACAUAUGGGGGCCAAGCACAAAAUUCGGAUACACCACCUGUUGAUGACUAUUUAACAGCAUGGCACCGCUUAAAUCACACUCAAAAACCCUGAAUAUAUCCCUCGAUGUAACUGAUCUCUUUCAUCAUUGGCGUCUAUUGAUAAAUGCAGUUUUAAGCCUGGCUAAACUCUACCAUGGUAACUGUAUUUGGAGAUAAACUUAAAAUUCAGUAUAAUCAGCUUUCGGAAUCUUUCUGUUGCUUAGCAACUAUGGAAUUUUGGCGGAAACUGUGGUUACCAUGGUAGUUUUUUUGUAAACAGAGAAUCAAACAUGAAAAAAGCACCAAUGAAUAUUCCAAAAAUUAGCAAAGUUCCUGCCUUUAUUUGGAGGGUGGAGUUAAACGCCAGUUUUACAUCGGAGGCGGGGCUACAAGGUGCCCAUUAGCCAACUGAUGAGAUUUCCUAAAAAUCAUCUUUUGCAUAGUUUGUUUUAUCCUUCCAGGCAACGAAAUCUGAAAAUGCAAUGUUGUUGCAUGUCUUAAACUACAUCACCCAUAAUGCACUGGCAAAAGUAACAUUUAACGUUAGCUCAGUUUUGUAAUUGUGCACGAAUCGUUUCGCCUCUUGCGUUCUGCUAGACGUAUGGAAGGUUAGCAGUUCGCAUUGGUUAAUCUCUGUUAACUAGAAUUAACGAAUUCACUUUAGUUUUAUAUUUUUUACACACGCUUUUAUGUCAGUUAUCUUUUUUUUAUUUUUUUUAAGUGACCUUUUAGCUUAAAUAUGCAGCUCAUCUACAGGUUUUAUUUCUGUUCAUAAACCAUCUCCAAAGAUUUCUGGCCAAUCAGAAUGUAAACAUUACAGGACAGAAAGAGUCAGCCACCUUUAUAACUUGGGCAACGGCAAUGAUUUUAAGGCGAACUCGAUUUAUAAGAGAACUGUGUCAUAUCAAGCAGCACAAGGCCUGACGUAAAGGCUGGAAGAGGUUGGAGGUGAAAAUGCCACCGAUUAAGCCAGCAGAACUGGGGAAGAUGUAGUUUUAGUGCUUUUUUUUUUUGGUUUGUUUCUUGUGUGCAUCUUUACAGCUGAAAACUGGUUUGGAGAGAACUUCAAGGGUUUCAUCUUCAUCGGUUGUCAAAUGCUAUGCACUUAAACUCGCCUUCAUUUCUUCAUAUCUUCGUCCAAAGCACAAGAAACGGACCAGCUCCUCAUACAGAAUGCCCAAUUAAAACAUGAAUCACAAACACUACCUUUACACACUGCGAAAAUAUCAUUUUCUUACUCUUUUUGUCUUAAUUAAUAAAGUCUUGUUUUCUGAUCGAAAAAUUAUCAAAAUUAUAAACCUGUUUUCCCACAGAUUUUUUUUUUCCCUUGUUUGAAGCAUGAAAUAAUUUUCAAGAAAACAAGACUUAAUAUCUUAAGUCAUUUUGCUUUAAAAAUGUUUAGCGAUUUAAAAAUACAGAAUAGGGCAAAAAUACUGAAAGAAUCAUUUUUUGCAGUGCAGCUGUGAACAAAACGUCAGAACUGAUCUGAGAUCAGUAAAUCUCGAGCUACAACAUCCCUUUAUUUUCUAGCUGGAGCUUGUUACAUUACUGCUAAUGGCAGCUUUCACAAAAGUAACGUGGUUUUAUUUGUCUAGAACUUUUGUGAGAUAAUCUUGUGAGUGGUACAGUAGGUAAUGCAACUAACAAAGCGUCACUAAAAUGUGGUUUUAAAAUAAUAACAAAAAAAAACUAUCUAUCUAUAAGAUGUUGUUGUGCCACAGUAAGAGUGAAGCCAGUGUGUAGUGUGUGUUGGUUUGUGCGAGUGUGUGUUUGUGGACCGUGGUGUUAACUAUACACAAGAUUCGGCGUUUUUCCACACAGCCGACUUCUAACCAUAGCAGCUUGAAAUGCUGAUGAAUUAUUAAUGAUUGUUACAUAAUUAAUCUGUUGACCUCCUAAUAUCAUUAUUAAUUCACUUUCAGACUGAAAGAGUGAAUCUCACGAAACUCAUUACAAACAUGUCAUAUUUCACCACAAAAUCAGAAGAAAGAAAUAUGAAAAUAUAUUUUGCUUCAAGAAAUUUAGGAACCCAAAUUUAGGAACAUUUAGGACUUUGCUUUGUGACAUGAUUGGCAUGUUCAAAAAAAUUCUAGAAUAAAAAUCUAGUUUUAGUUACAUGCAGUCUAUCAUGGUAGCAUUUGUUGCAAUUUAGUUCAUUAUUGCUGAUUUCUAAUACAAAUAUUUGCAUUACAGUCAUUUUUAGUUAAAUAAUUUUAAUAUAAUUAUUGUUUCUUUUGAUUUUUGAGGUGAUAUAU